AAGAGAGUAGAAGUAAACCAGCGUGCACUGGUUGAUAAAGUGCUUGCUCGAUACCCCGAAGACUUUACAGUGUUUCGAGAGCUAUUACAGAAUGCUGAUGACGCCAGAGCCACGAAGGUUCUGAUAGAGUUUCAGACGAGAGACUAUGCUACACAUUCUGCGGGAGCGAAUGGCAAGGCAAACGGAAUCAAUGGCACGAUCCCAGACUUGAACACUACGAAGUUGUUCAAAUGGAUUGUUCGCAACAAUGGCGAUUGCUUUGAAGAGAAGGACUGGGGACGGCUGACGAAGAUUGCGGAUGGCAACACCGAUGAACAGAAAAUCGGAGCCUUUGGUGUUGGGUUCUACAGUGUUUUCGCUGUCACCGACAGCCCGCUAGUCUUGUCUGGAGGCAAAAGUCUGGAGAUAUUCUUCGAGGGCGAUCAGCUAUAUACACUGGAAGAUACUUGUGCCCCGAACAAGUGGACCUCCAUCGAGAUGGUGUUGAAGGAAGAUAUGCAGCUUCCCGUCCCGAAACCAUUUGACUUGGCCCGAUUCUUGGCAGCCACUAUGACAUUCAUGUCGUGGGUGGAGAACGCCCAUGUUUCAUUCAACAACAAAGUCUUCAUGAAGAUCGCUAAGUCCAGACAGGCACCCACCCAGACUCGUGUCCCCAACGAUAUGUUGCCGAGAAGCAAUGAAGGCACGAUGAAUAUCAACACAGUCUCAGUAACUACCCAAGAGAUUACUGUCGAACUCACGGACUGGGCACGCGCCGCUGGAACGAAGAAGCCAUUUGUACCACGCUCCGGUGGCGAAAACAUACCAAAGAAUCCCGUCAAACGCAAAGGCUUUUGGGAUAUCGUGAAGGGCGAAGCCCCCAAAGGGCCGAAAGUCGUAUCUCGAGCGUCGACGCAUGACCACCCACAAUGGUGGAGAUAUAGCGCCAAAUACGCGGUAUAUUCGGCUCAAGUGACGACUAAUCCCAGUAAGGACCUUCACAAGGGCUUAAAAGCGAUGACGAAGAAGGAUCCUCCUUCUCACUUCGAUUUUGAGAUGGUCUACUUCUCCAAAGAAGAGCAGGAUGCAAGAGCAGAAGAGGAGAAGAACGAUCCGAUCAUGGGCAGCAUAUUUAGAGGACCGCAAGGCCUAUUUCCCCAACUGGACGGGUAUGCAACUUGUUUCUUUCCUGGUCAAAGUACAGCGCAAACGACUGGUAUCGGUGGGCACAUGUCUGGCCGAUUUAUUCCCACUGUCGAACGAGGAUCCAUUGAUCUAACUAUACUGAUAUAUUUUUCAGAGUGGAAUGAAGAACUCCUGUAUGUAGGUGGGUUCCUUGCGAGGCUCGUGUAUGAGCGGGAGAUUCGCAAGGUCCAGGAUGCUUGGCCUACAGUCAACGGUGCCGUUGUCCCGACCGACGCUUCGGCAAGAGACAAGGCAUCAUAUGCCAUGCGCUGCUUCACAUUCCAACCAUCCACUCCGGAUGCCAAAGUCGCGAAAAUCUUGCAUGAGGCGUUUUUCGACUGUUUUAACUAUUCCCUCAACGAUUGUUUUCCCAUCUUGUCGGACUCCGGUAUUCAUUACACCAAGGACGUUCGGAAUUUCAAUGCUGACUUUGCACCGUUCAUGAAAUCGAUGCCUAUACAUCCUCAGAAAGAACCUGGCGACCCACCUAAUUUAAUCGACUCCCUCCCUGAGAAAUACCAGGUCUUGCCGUACUACUUCUCAGAUGUGGUGGAAGAACUGAGGGGAAGGACUUUGCAAGAGGAAGAGAUGGUCGCUUGUCUGAGGUGGUGGGUCAGCCUCAUCGGUCUGGAGGACGAAGAUAACCGUGAAAAAAUCCUCCCACGCUGGUCGAAUCUAACGGUGGAGGCCAAAUCGCGAAUUGGAAAUUCCACGCGUAUUGUGGAACUUCGCAACAUCACUAAGUUCGUCGAUUCCAGUGUUUGGCUCCCUUGGCUUCAGUCGGACGAUGCUCUUCCUCCAGACACCAUCCCAUUUUCGUUUACCAGGAGUCUCGAUCGACGAUACAUUUCCGUAGCACUUUCGUGGCAGCCAAUGACUGUUGUGGACUGGUUGAGUCAUUUGAUAAGCCCUCAGGUAGACGCGGCCCGUGACAUCCAAAAAAACCCUUCGUACUCCAAUCGUGUCCUUGGGAUCCUGGGGAAUAUUUGGGGUACGCUGUCAACUGACGUGAAAUCUCAGGCAAAGGAUCUCAUGCAGGACGUCCCGUGGAUUGCGACGAAUCAGGGAUUCCGACCAUCUGGUGGAGCGUACUUCCCGGAAGCAGAUGUCUUCCGCGAUUUGCCUGUUGUCACUGUUAGUCUGUUUGAUCCCCAGGUUGUUACUGUACUCGACGAGUUCGGGGUCAAGCGGCAUCUUGACUUUGAAGAGCUCUUUGCCAAGGCGGACAAAUUGAGUACGUGGUCGGCAUCAGAGAUGAUCACAUAUCUCAAGAGUGACCCAAACGCUAUGGAGAGGCUGGAGGAUAUCCGGACAUACCCUGUAUUCCCUUGCGAUAAAGGCGGGAAAUACCGUGUCACCGAGCUGUACCUUCCGCACGGGGAGAUUCGCCCGCUGGGCCUACCAAUUCUUAAUUGGCCGCGCAGGAUUGAUAGAGAUUCCGAGGAUGAGCAAAUUUUGACCGAUAUGGGAUUUCUUCGACACCCACCUUUGGAGAAGCUCAUCGAGAUUGCUGGAGACACCGACCAAGGAGUUCGACGUGCUGCCUUCAAGUACCUUACGAGCAAGUUCGAUGAGCUCUAUGAUACGGAGUAUGAUCCUUCGCAAUACGAUAACAUGCCGUUUAUCCCAGCUCUCAAAGAUGGUCAGGAAUGUGUUGGCACUUACGAAGAGGUUUAUUCUGAUCCUUCAUGGGCAAUGAUGGGGUUCCAGAAAGUCCAUCAUUCCAUCGACAGGAAGGUCAUCGGCAGACUCAGGAUGCGGGAAGCGCCAUCGGCAAAACAAGUGAUCGGGGUUUUCAGAGAAAGACCGCCCAGUAAUGUCAACUUAGCGGCGAAAUGGUUCGCCUUUCUGGCAACCAAGCAAGUCCUCUCUCCUGGGGAUCUUCAGGAGAUUGCCAAGAUUCCUAUCGUCCCCGUCGAGGAACCCACAUCUCAAGGCGAAUUGGAUUCCGUCGAGCCUGUCAUUCGCUUGGUGCCUCCUCGGGAGUGCUUCAUCGGUGGUAGCCAAUACCCAGAAGACCACCUUUACCGGCGACUAUUUACCUUCGUUAACUUUGAUGAACGUGCAAAUCGGUUUCUGAAAGCUUGCGGUGUCAAAGCCAAGCCAGAUUGUUCGGACAUAGUCAACAUUCUAAUAAAGGACCCUAAGGAUUUCCUCAAAAAAGCCGGUGCAGAAGCAGAUCCUGAGAAAUAUCUUGUCGAGCUUCGUGGACUUGCGGUUGGGUACGAGGGGCUUUCCGAAGACGAUAAGAAAAGGAUGAAGGUUGCCCCGAUAUUUGUCGGGUAUCGCACCUCGAAGUCUGCUACUGUCUCCCGGGACGAGUUCCAACUUGUUCGAGCGUCUGAGGUCCUGCUUGCUGAUGACAUGGAGAACCGCCGGAUCUUCGGAGAGUUUGUCUGGUUGGCUCCCCAGGAUGAGCUGCUCGAAAAACUCUACGAACAAGUGGGAUCUGCGUAUUUGAGCAAUCACAUCAAAUACAACGUAAAACCAAUCAACGAACAAGCUAAAUGGCCUCGCUGCGAGGAAGUUCGAAGAGCGAUUUUGGAGAAGUUGCCCAUUUUUAUGCACGAGUUUGAUGCACAACGUCUUAAGCACGGUACGAUGCAUCUAAAGUGGGAUCAUAAAUCAACCUUUGUCGUGAGAGGUUGCAAAGAUCUCAAAGUGGACAAGAGACUUGAUUCUAAAUACCGUGUCUCUGUCGAGCCUCACAGAGAGAGCAACGAAUAUUUCGUAUCCGCCGAGAUCACCACAGAAAAGAACGCUCCUGUCACCCUAUGGCUCAAGAAAGCGGAACUGGUUGACAUGUAUGACGUCGCUGUCGCACUGUGCCGUCUGCUUUUCAAGACUCACAAGAAGCACGACGUUCUGAGUCUGAUGACCAUAUUGGAGACGGACAAGGAAAUCUUGAGGAAACGAGGCUAUGAUGGUAAUUUCUCGCGACCUUCUUGCUACGAUUAUCUCAUCUCUGAGCGCGAAAGGCAAGCACGGAAGAUGCAUUCAGGGGAAUCUGGCGGGCGACAUCGUGGUGGCAAUAUUCACAUCCGGUCCCGAUUCUUCGACUUCUUCAGAUGGCAGUCGAGAGGAUCCAAGACUGCCGAUCGUGCGAUCGACGAAAUAAUGGAACAGUGUAAGAACGGAGAGUCGAGUCCAGCAGAACAGGAGAUCAGAAAUCGAGAACACGGCGGCGCAGGCAAGAAGCUGAAAGACGUCGAAUACUGUGCUGAGCUAAAGAGCAACACUCUGCAACAAGUCGCACUAAAUGACAUGGUCGUAGUCACUACACAAGAGGGGCUUCCAAUGAAUGAAUUAGCGGACUUUGCAACCAUGGUCCAUGGACUCAGCGGUGUUUUGGACCUGAAUAAUACUGAGUCCAUAUUCAACAUCUUCUGGCAUCCCGAGGAUCCUGACCUGAUGGGGUUCAAUCGCAACCGGCUCAUUUUCUUGAACCUUGCACACUACACUACGAAACGUAGGUCAACCUUCAUUGCUACCUAUCAAAAGUACUACAUCAUCAUGCACGAAAUCGCCCAUAACAAAACGCCUUUCCACGACGAACACCACGAAUUGUUACUCUCGGCGCUAAGCUCUCAUUUCUUGCCGCAACUGCACGACGUGGGAGAGGUCCGCGAGUUUUUCAGUUGUGCGACAGGGUGCCCUUCAUAG